AAGAAACUGCUCCUCUCUGCUCUUCGUCAUUACCAAGUCCAAGGACGAAGAAAACACACGCUAGUUACUAAAAUUUUUCGCUGCUCGAUCUAAUACUUAAAUCUCCAUGGCUUCCGAUGUUACCCGCGCUGAUCGCAGCCAUGAGGGAGAUCCCCAUAACCUGGUCUUACGUUCUGCGAGAGAAGGGGAAGGUGAUGAGCACCAACAUGGCCAUGAGAAAAAAUCGUUGAUGAAGAAGGUGAAGGACAAGGCCAAAAGGAUAAAAGGCACAAUAAAAGGCCACGGCCAUGACCAGCAGGAUGGAAAUGAUCACGAUCUCGACUAUGACGAGGAUGAAGCGGAAGCCCAAGACCCAGAAAUUCACGGUGCUCCAAUAUAUGGGUCGACCGUGGUUAGGAGCAGGGUAGCUGGGCAAGAGGAGAAAACAGGGCAGCCCUUGGGAAGAUCACGGAAGAUGGAGGACGACGCCACCGGCGGGCAAGGGACUGAAGCCAAAGAGAGUGGUGGUGGGAAGUCUCCGGUGCGGCAAGAGGAAAUUGUGGGGAAACCAAGGGGUUGUUUGGAGUCGAUGGAGUUGGAGGAGGAUCCUCAUGCGCCGAAGCAGAGACCCCAAGAUGUUCCUCCUUCAAAUUAUCAGUCUAAAGUCCCGGAUCCCACCGGCGCAGGUGGUGAAGAAGCAGGAAUAACCCCCAUUAUCAGUUCCUUCGGAAAAAUGAAAGUGUCUGACGAACCAGGGGCAAAGCCAGAACAGCAAGCACACACUGGCAGCCAUGACCAGCUCUCUCCAGAACCUCUUUUCAAACAGAGCACACCCGCCCCUGAACAACCCCAACCAGCCGACGAAGUCGCCGACUCAGCCGAGCCCGAAGAUCAGCAACAAGAGGACAAACCGAAGCAGCAGACAGAUCAACAGAGGAGCUACACCGAGAAAAUCUCGUCCGCUACAUCUGCCAUUGCAGACAAAGCAGUAUCCGCAAAGAACACCGUAGCUUCGAAGCUCAGAUAUGGCGCCGCCGAGCCGAGAAAAGGUGCGUCGCCGAAGGGGCAGGACGUGGGAAGAUCAGUGAAGGAGUAUUGGGCGGAGAAUUUGAGGCCCGGGGACGAGGACAGAGCGCUUUCGGACGUCAUUUCGGAAGCUCUGCACAAGACCACCAAGGAAGAGCCGGGGGAGGGGGAUCCGCCGAAGGCGGUGGGGAAGGUAACGGAGUCGGAGGAGGUGAGGCGGCAGCUGGGCACGGGGAAAGAAUCCGGAGGCGGAGAAGGAGCUGAUUCCGGCGGCGUGAAGGUGGAUGCCGACGCGAUCCAGGGAAGCUGGGUAGUGGACAAGCUUAAGGGCGCUGUUACUCCGUGGUUUGGAGGCGGGGAAAGUGUUCCUGCCGGUGCGAGCGGAGGAGCAGGGCAGGGGAAAACGGCGGAGGAAGGGGAGCGCAGGCUGCAGGAAUCGGGAAACUAAGGGAAGCAAGUCGAGUAGGAUGUUCGCGCGUUGCUUUUGUUGAUGGGGUGUUCUUUUUUUUAAGUUGACUAGGCGUUUGUUGUUGUAAACUUGAGAUUAUUCCACUUAACUUUAACACAUGUUUGUACAAGUAAGUAAAGUAUAAGUAAAUAGAGAGUAUGUUUGUAUAA